GCGAUAGGAUUCGUAGGAGAGGGGGGAAGAGGGAGAGAUCGAAUUGGGGUUGUUAGGGUUAUUAGAGGAUGUCGACGGCGGGGGCGACGGAUGAAGUGCCUGAGUCUCCGGCGAAGAAGCCGAAGUUGACGUCAGAUCAGGAGUCGACGUCUGAUGAGUCGGAGGAAGAUGAUGACUGUUUUUUCGGGGUCGACGGUCAGUCAGAGGAGUCGGAGGACGAUUAUUGCGGGGGUGGUCUCCGCAAGAUGACCGACCAAGAGCGGGCCUUGCCCGAUGUUUUCGCUAUCGGUCUCAUCCAACCGGCUGGCAGGAAUUUCUCCGCUGAGUUUAUUCGUCGAUACGCCCUGAUUGCCAUCGAGGACCAAAACGAGAAGAGAAAGACAGAGGGUGGCAAUCAACUCCGUCUCAAGGAGGUCAUCAAGUGUAAUUUGCGGGUUGCUUGCCCCGCCGACCUUUACAUAACUUUAGAGGCCGAAGAUGUCGACACCCGCGAGGUCGAUGAAUACGAAGCCUUGGUGAUGGCUCGUUGCGGAAAGCAGAAAGACGAGCUCCAUACCUUUAGGAAGAAAAACAAACCGGCUAUUAUUAAUCCGCCAGCGUCCACAGAGGGCUCCAUAAGUAGCAAGGAUGAUACUUAACCUCUCCGAUGAAGAUAAUGCUGCUUCGCUUACUUCCCUUAGUGAUCUCCUAAAUAGACCAUUAAAGAAAUUAAUUAGUAGCCUAUAACUUGUAUAUCCGUGACUUUUGGUGUUUGGCAUUUUGAUGAUAGGAAUUAAGAUAGAUUCUAUCCAUAGCAGCAACCAUUUCUCCUUUUUAAAAGAAGUUCCUUGUGAAUUUCACAGUGAAUUUGGCUCGGACAAUAGAAAUCUCUUGUGGUGGGCAUUUUUAACAUCUUUGUGUA